ACAACAGCCCCAGCUAGAUUAAACGAAUGGCUUCUUGUUUUUAAGUCAGCCUCAACACAAACGCAGUUAUUUCUGCUCGGUCACCGGCCAACCUCAGCGACGCACCCCCGAAAAACGAGGGGCGACACCCUCACCCGCAUCCUCGGCGUCUGCCUAACCCUCGACACAAAACCUCGUCUUGCCCGCCGAUUUGCCCACCGCAGGCAGCCCGAGCUCGAACCGGAGAGCGAACCCAAACAACCGCCCAAUCCUCGCCCCCAAAAACCCUCCUCACCCCCUGAUCGAACCCGACCGACCGCCCACCAUGUCCAACACCGACUUCCUCGACCGCGCGAUCAAGCAGGUGCGCGUGGCGAUCGACGCCGACAACGCCGGACAGUACGACAAGGCGUACCAGCUCUACUACCAGUCGCUCGAGCUGUUCAUGCUGGCCCUCAAGUGGGAGAAGAACCCCAAGUCCAAGGAGAUGAUCCGGGCCAAGACGGGCGAGUACAUGGACCGCGCCGAGAAGCUGAAAUCCCAUCUCGCCGACGGCGAGGCCAAGCGCAAGAAGCCCGGCAUGGUGGGCGUUAACGGCGCCUCCACGGGCGGCACGGGGAAGGGCAAGGAGGCUGGGGAAGAUGGCGCCGAGACGCUCGAUGAGGAUAGCAAGAAGCUGCGCAAUGCGCUGGCGGGGGCGAUUCUGCAGGAGAGGCCGAACGUGAGCUGGGAUGAUGUGGCCGGGUUGGAGGCGGCGAAGGACGCGUUGAAGGAGGCAGUGCUGUUGCCGAUCAAGUUCCCCCAUUUGUUCCAGGGGAAAAGGCAACCGUGGAAGGGGAUUCUGUUGUAUGGACCGCCGGGGACGGGUAAGAGUUAUCUUGCCAAGGCGGUCGCGACGGAGGCGAAGAGCACGUUCUUCAGCGUGAGCAGUUCGGAUUUGGUGAGCAAGUGGAUGGGUGAAAGUGAAAGGCUAGUACGGCAACUCUUCGCUAUGGCUCGGGAGAAUAAGCCGGCCAUCAUUUUCAUCGACGAAAUCGACGCGCUGUGUGGUCCCCGCGGGGAAGGUGAAUCCGAAGCCUCUCGCCGAAUAAAGACAGAAAUGCUGGUUCAAAUGGACGGUGUAGGCAAAGACAGCAAGGGUGUUCUGAUACUGGGCGCCACAAAUAUCCCGUGGCAACUCGACGCCGCCAUCCGCCGACGUUUCCAGCGCCGGGUGCACAUUAGCUUGCCCGACCUUGCCGCGCGCACAACCAUGUUCAGACUUGCCGUCGGCGACACCAACACGGCACUCAAGUCGGAAGACUUUCGUGAGCUGGCAAAGGCAGCGGAGGGAUACUCGGGGUCAGACGUCAGCAUCGUGGUGCAGGAUGCGUUGAUGCAGCCCGUGAGGAAGAUCCAGCAAGCGACACACUUCAAGAAGGUAACGGUUGAUGGCGUUGAAAAGCGCACUCCUUGCUCGCCAGGCGACCCAGAUGCAGAGGAGAUGACAUGGGAAAAGGUGGCGUCGGAGGACCUGCUCGAGCCCUUCGUGGAGAAAAAGGACUUUAUUAGGGCCAUCAAGUCCAGUAGGCCGACAGUAUCUCAAGUGGACCUUGAGAAGAACGAGGAUUGGACAAAAGAGUUCGGUAGCGAGGGAGCGUGAUCGGGCAUGCGGUUUGUGGUUUGGACAUCACUCAGUCGGGUGUUGUAGGCAGGCGUGCGGCGUUAGUAAACAUCCACGGGCUCGGAAUGUGGCAUGGAUUAGGAGCUGUCGGUUUGUCUUUUGUAGAUCGAUGUCAACACAUACGGCGGGUCGUUUUGCCAUUUUUGUUUAACUGCCGGCGCAACAUUGCCCACAUCAAUAUCGAUC